CAGAAAGAUACGUCGAAAUGGAAGGGACGCGGGUCCCGGCGCCGCCGGUCCGGGCCAACACAACCCGCUUCACGCCGGCGCGGCGCCAGAUCCGCUCGAGUAGCACGCUGGGAGGUCCAUCGUUCAUCACCGAGGUCGAGGUGAGCUCCAUCCACAACGAGUGGCGCCAAGAGGUCGCAGACGGGACGAGCGACAACGACGACGACGAUUCCGAGGCCGACCGCGCGCUCGAGCGAGAGUUUCGCUCGCACGCGCUCACACCGUUCUACAAGGCGGACCCGGAGAAGGGUUUUACAAUGGACAUUAUGAUGCUCAUCGACAUGGCCAAGGUCGGGUCGCUCCGUGACGAGUUCCAGCAAAAGGAGUCGGGCUUGUCCGUGACCGAGUUUGUCACCGUCAUGCUGCGCUUCGUGCGCAGCAGCAAGCAGCAGUCGGGUGACAACAAGUCGCAUUUGCACGAUCUCACGGAGCCCCAGCUCAUUGCGUACCUCUCGGAGCUCUUUGCGCAGAUCGAUAUCAACGGCGAUGGCACGAUGGAGUGGGAAGAGUUUACGUCAUUCAUCGUCGACACGGGUCUCGAGAGUCAGCAGCCCAAUUCGAUUCAAAUGUACCAUCACUCGAGCUGGGAAGACACGUCCAAGCACAGCUCGGGCAUCGACCGCAUGUACUACUUCCCGACCAACGACCGCCUCGCGCUCUGCGAGUACGGCGGCCACUCGCUUAAAAUCUACAACUCCCGCUGCGAGCUCCUCAAAGCACUCAAGUCCCCCGACGGCUUUGUGCUCUGCGCCGAAUACGUCGACAAGCUCAGCCAAUAUGUUGUCGCGUCGUCGGACCUGCAGCUGCGCUUCUACGACGACACGUCCUACCGCUUGAUCAAGAGCUGUCAUACGCCCACGUCACAAAACUGUUUGCGGUGGUAUCCCCAAGCCAACGUGCUCUUUUCCGGUAGUGCCAGUGGCAUCAUCUACGCGUGGGACGCCGACAGGAUGGAGGAGCGUCAUCACAUGGGCGGGAUCGGUCGCGACGGGAAGCUCUUGACGCGGUCCCACGACGGCAUCGUACUCGACCUCCUCAACCUCGAGACGCUCGAGACACUGGCGUCAGCCAGCAUGGACAAGAGCAUUCGGCUGUGGGACGUGAAUACGGGCAAGCACAAGCAGCAGCUCGACGGACACAUGAAGGGCGUCCGCGCCCUCGCCUACUCGUCCGAAUAUCGGUUCUUAGUCUCGGCAGGGUUCGACUUUGACGCACUUGUCUGGAACCCGUAUGUGGAUCAGCUCAUUUUGCGUCUGCACGGGCACCAAAACUCGCUCUGUGGCGUCGAGAUCGUCCCCGACACGCCGCAGAUCAUUACAGCCGACAUUGACGGCGUCUUCAAGGUGUGGGACAUUCGCAACUUUGCGUGCAUGCAAACGUUUACUGCGGAAAACGUGAGCCUCGGAGAAAUCAAGACAUUUGCAUCCGUGACGUCCCAGAAGCGAAUCGUUGCUGGCGGCAAGCGGAUGACGGCAUUUGACUAUGAAAAGCUGCGCAAUCCCAAGCUCACGGACGAUUUUCCCGUCUUUGUGGUCCUGUACAACCCCGUGUCGCUCUCGCUCAUUACGGCAGCGGGCACCGACAUCAAGAUCUGGGAUGCAAAUCUGGGCAAGCUCCUUCGCGUGUAUCGAAAUGUGAGCACGACGGAUGUGACGUCGCUCUGCUUGGACUCUCAGUGCCGCAAGUUUAUCGUUGGCGACCACGAAGGCAACGUCCGUGUCUUCGACUACCUCAACGGUGCCCUCAUGAAGGCAUUUGCAUAUCCCGAGACAAACGACCGCGCCCACUUGGGCGAAGUCGCGCGCUUGGUCUACUGCAACGCGUACCGCAGCGUCAUUUCCGCGUCGUGGGACACGACCGUCUGCAUCCACGACGAGUCCGACCCCGAGCGCGGCGUGCUCCUCCGAAAAAUGACCGGCGGCCACACGGGGGAUAUCACGAGCCUCGCCUACUCGCACACCCUCUCGCUCAUCGCAACGGGGUCGCUCGACUGCAUGGUGCAAAUCUGGGACUACGAGUUUGGCCGGCUCGACGGGACGUGUAUUGGGCACACAAGCGGCAUCUCGAGCCUUCUCUUCCUCGACCCGUACCCGCUCCUCGCAGUUUGCGACCUCCACGGUAACGUGUGUCUCUGGGCCAUGCGUCCGAGCAAGUACAAGUACCGCUGCGUGCUGCGUUUUCGCGUGCAAACGACUCUGUCCCUCACCAAGCGGCACGGCGCAUCGCAUUUGCCCGUCAUGACCACGCACGUCCACACAAAGCCGCUCACGCGCCGGCAAAAAGCGAUCGGCUUCGUCCCGUCCAGCGCGAUUCUCGACUACUUUCUCAUUGGCGGCGACGACAAGGGCGUCCUGAGCGUGUGGAACCUCUACCCGUUGCUGCAUAAAUUGGAGGCAGACUUUGGCAUCCGAGCCAUGGACAAGGCCGUCGAGUGCGUCAACCCGGGGCGCAAUCUGCGCAUUCACGCGGCCGAGCUCGUGCGCAAGACCAAGGACACGCCCGAGUGGCUCUCGUACGCGGCCCGCGACCCGCAAACCACGUUUCACUUUAGCCGCGAGAGCCAAAUGCCGCUGCUUCGCUUGCAGCAGCUCGAGGCAGUGCACCAAUGGCGUGCGCACGACGACGUCAUCUACUCGAUCCAAGUCGUGCUCGACCACAGCACCGUGACGCUCGUCUCGUCCUCGUUUGACCGGAUGGUCAAACUCUGGCGCCUCGACGGCGAGAGCCUCGGGGCGCUCACGCAGGGCGACAUGGAGCUCGGGAAGCAGCCGUACAAGUUCCCCAUCGACUACCAGCACCGCGAAUUUGAAAAGCUGGUGCACGCCAAGACCGUCAUCAAGCAAGUCCGGAAAACGAAAAAGGAGGACGAGAGUCGGGACCCUGUCCGCGUCUUGCGGCCCAAAGCACCGCCACCACCCGCCAUCGAGAGCAUGCGCGAAUACCUCGACGGUCCGCCGGGGUCGGACGCGUCCGGGAGUCUGCCGCCCCUGCAUCUCAAGUCGGCUUCGGCGACAUGGACCAAGCUACGCAAGACGCCGCGCAUCAAACCCGUCUCAGCGCGCGGGGCGGGCCGCUCGAUCCGCGGGAAACGCGCCGAUAACACAAGGAAAGAAUCGUAAGAGCCG